AUGGGGCAAUUGCGACCGAAGCGCAAGGCAUCUGCUACUACAGAAACGACCAUGCCAGAACACGGAAAUGCAAAUGCGAUCGCAAACUGCGAGCCCUCCAAAUGCGUAUACCCAGAGAGCGGCAAGCGAGGCCUGCCACUGGGCUACCUUAACCAGCUUGAGCAGCGACUCGCAGAGACCGAGUCCGCUUUGUAUGGAGCUCUCAUGACGCUCCGAUCAAUAGGCCAGACCACAACGCCGGUUUCGAAGCCGGAAGUGUCGAAGCAGAAAGCAGCUCGCAUGGAAGAAUGGUCUCAGUUACCGAUUCGCGAGUGGAGCGAUCUGGAACAUUGGAUGACAGUCAUGUCGGACCAGUUCUCUGCGCAGUCGAGGGCGACUUCCGAGACUUAUGCAAUUCCAGGAACGCUUGAAACGCGCGAACCUCAGUCUGCUCCUUAUUCUUGGCAGGGAGAUGGUCGGAUUGAUGCUCGGAUUGGGGGAAUCCUUAUGAGGCGCAUGAUCAGGUGA